AUCUCUGUGAUUCACCUUGGAAACUUGCACUAACCCUACCACAAACUGGGAUUUCAUGAGGUGGUGGGGAUCUAAGAUAACCCUGUCACAUUCUUCCGGAUAGAAACAAGGAAAAUAAACAUUCAAAUGAUGGCAGACCAUGGUGACCCAUGUAACGAGUUAGAGGUUUCUUACUGUAUGAAUGGAGGAAAAUGCUUUAAAAUUCCUUUUAUGGAUACACUUACUUGUGUCUGCAGUGAGAACUACAAAGGCAGUCGGUGUGAGCAGUACCAGCUGUUCACCACUGCACAUGAUGCAGGGGAGACAGGACUGAUCACUGCUGUGGUCAUCAUUGUCCUUCUUAUUCUAGUCAUGUUGGCAGUAGUAAUCUACUACACCUGCAAGGUAUGGAAGGCCAAACCAAAGAACCAGCAGAAAAGCAGUGAACAACAGUAUUGGAGAGUAGAGCCCAGGGUAUGAGGCCUGCAUGAGGCCUGUUACAUAUUGUUUUGGGGACAUUGGAUUGUAUAACAAAAUGUUUCAUGGACGGUGGUGCGAUAUGGUGUGGGUCUGGAUGCUGCUGGAGAUGCUAUGAAGGACCAGGAGGACAGAGGAGACGUAUAUCCACAAACAUUCUGCAGCAAGCGCCAAAUGUCAAGCUGCAGCCUGUUUGAGUGGCCAUCAGAAGCUGAAGCUGCUGUAGACACACAGCCAGUCAGCCACAAUACUUUUUCUCGAGACUGUGUGACUGGGUGUAGGACUGAUUACAACCUGUUACAAUGGCUGCGUUUUGGCAGCCCAAUUCUGAUCUUUUUUUCACUAACUGGU